AAAGCAUUUGAUACUAUAAAUCAUAAUAUAUUGAUUAAGAAACUUGACCUUUAUGGUCUACAAAAACCUGCCCUAAAUCUUUUAGGAUCAUACUUAGAAAACAGAUUUCAAAUGUGUACUGUGAACGGCGUAUUGUCUAGAACAAAUCUAGUUACUUGUGGGAUCCCCCAAGGUUCAAUUCUUGGGCCACUCCUGUUUCUAAUUUAUAUAAACGAUCUGCCUACAAGUCUUGAACACUCGUCAUCAAGAAUGUUUGCCGACGAUACAACGUUAACUGUAUCUGGUAAAUCUCUUCAUGAUGUAGAAGUUGCCAUCAAUCACGAUCUUUCAAACGUUAAUCAGUGGCUCUGUGCAAAUAAACUAUCUUUAAAUCUCGUUAAAACUGAGUACAUACUAAUUGGAUCACGGCAUAAUAUUAAUGAUAUAUUGGCUACCCCAAAGGUAUUUGUUGGUGACAUACCAAUUAAAAGG